GACAAUGCGGGGGGAAGCUCCCGCACGUGAUACGGCUUAUCGUCCCUGUUGGCCCAGACUGUCGGACUGUUUGGGAACUGCUCCUUUUGAUUGCCUCUCGAUAUUUCCUCCGCGCCGGUGGAGUCUGGUCUUGAAUUACGACUGUUUUGUUUGGAGCGCAAUGACUCCAUGUGUGCUCCAGCGCCGGUCUUAAUACACCCUCCCCCCUGCGAGCCGAGCCAUGUACUGGCCUAAUGGAGUGCCCCGGGUCUAUGCGGUCAACGGCCCCAACAUUGCCCAUGUCUCGGAUGACGUGAAUCGCGAGGGUACCGGCAGUUCUUUGGCGGAACAUCGAAGCUCCUUAGAUUCUAAAGAGUCAAUAGAUGGCGUUCGCAACUCGGAGAAUCCAGAAGGCCAGGGUGUUGAUCUCAAUCCCGAAGGACCCCCAUCCGACGCGGAUGCUUCCCAAUGGGAGCAAGAAGCUAUCAGUGGGCUUUGUGUGUCCCGCUCGGGCCAUAUGUUUGCGACCAUAACUGACUCCUCCAUUUCAUUAUGGCAGACCAGGCCUACGGCAGUUGUAGCUGCGAUAGCUCGGUCUGCAUACUCGCUGACGACCUACGGGCCAAAUGUGGCAAUUCUUAUGCAUCCUGACUCGACAAUCCUCGUUGUGCAGACACUCAAUGGAUAUCUCCUCACAUAUUCGGUAGCUUCGGACCCUGCGACGCGAGUCUAUCAACAGAUGUUCGAUCACUCCACCCAUCCGCGCCGCCAGCAACUAGCACAUUUUUCGGCUGUCGAAGAGGCAAACGUGGUAGGAGAUAUAAACAUCAGGUUUCGGAUGGCUAUCAAGAUUGAGUCGGGAAUUGUCAAAGCGUUGGCACUGGAUCAGGAGCUCGUGGUUGCUACGGUCAAACCACCUGCUAUUCAGUGCAUCCGUUGGGCCCCGGAAGCCACUGGCACGCAGACCAAGUCUGAAAUGCUCAACCGGAUAUUGAAUGUUCCAAAAAAGGUCUCGAUUGUUGACAUGGUCUAUGACCGCGCCAUGAACCUUCUGAUUUGGCUCACCAGCAAUGGGCAAGCUUAUGCAGUUCAGCGGGUACCGGGGUCACAAGAGGAGUCCAAUGUGCCGAAGAAGCUGUUCCAUGGCCACUGCUUCCAUGACCCCAAAGCUGGGGGAGAAGAGGCUGUCAAAGUAGCAGUCAAUGCCCGGUUUUCCUUGCUGACAGUCAGCUGCGCAAAUGGCGAGGUCCUGGUUUACACCGCCAAAGACUAUACGGGGAACGUGCCCCUUUCUCAAAAGCUGGAUCUUCCCGCGUCUCCUUCAUCAACCGGAGCAUUGACAUUCAUGACUUAUUCUCCCGAUGGGUAUUGCCUUUUCGCCGGCUAUGAAAAUGGCUGGACAACAUGGAGUGUCUUCGGAAAGCCUGGCGGCAACAGCUUCUCCGUCGAUCCUACUUUGGCAACUUCCAACGGAGAGGAUUGGCUCACGGGCGUCUCAAAUGGCUGCUGGAUAGGUGGCGGGUCCGACAUUAUCCUGUCAGCGCAGAACGAUCGACGUCUUUGGAUACUAGAAAUAGCGCGCAGCGCCUUGACAGGAUGCUUCUCCGCCGCAAAUUUGGCUCGGGGAUUGCUUCAGACAGGGACAGAGUUCAUUCUAUACCGCGGACAUGACCUACCCGAUCUAAUGACCAUCUCCGGUAAGGACUCACUCUGGCACCAUGCCCAAUAUCCUCCUGCAUAUCUUCACUCGCAAUGGCCUAUUCGUUCCUGCGUGGUGUCUCAGGACGGAAGGUAUGUUGCAAUCGCGGGUCGACGUGGAUUAGCACAUUACAGUGUCAACAGUGGCCGAUGGAAAGUCUUCGAGGACUCUAAAGUGGAAAAUUCAUUUGCUGUACGAGGAGGCAUGUGUUGGUACGGACAUAUAUUGAUUGCAGCUGUCGAGAGCGAUGGCUCAUACGAGCUCCGUCUCUACUCUCGCGAGGAUACCCUAACCAACAACUCAAUUAUGCACAUCGAAUACCUCCCAUCGCCCGUGGUGUUCAUUGGCCCCUCCGGAGAGGACUCGCUCUUGGUCUACACCUAUGACAACAUCCUCUAUCACUAUAUCAUCAACUCCAUGCAGACACAGAUCACUCUGGUUCCAGUUGGACAAAUUGCCUUUAAUGGAAUUGUCAGAGCGCCAACUCGAGUUCGAGCAAUCAGCUGGGUCUUGCCUGAGGAUCAAAUGCGGAAUGGCGAUCCUUCUCAGGACGUCAAGGUAGCAUCCGUCCUCUUAUUAGUUGAUGGUAACCUAGUUCUCCUACAGCCCACAGUGACAGAAAGUGGCGAUCUCAAAUAUGACAUGCGGGUCAUCUCCCAUGAUGUGGAGUACUAUAUCUUGAUGCGUGACCAACUUUCCUUCAAUUUUUCGUCUCAGAUCGACGAGUCUCUACCGUCCAGCCCAUCUGCCGAGAUGGCUCUUGAGCCAUCUUACAACAGUCUGUCUCUUCGAGACUCAUUGUGGAUGUUCCGGGGUCAGAAUCUUCUGGCUUGGAAUGACGUUCAAGACAUUCUGCAGCAAGAGACCGUGCCUACACCGCUGAAUAUCCCAUUGGACUUUUAUCCUCUGUCAGUGAUCCUGAAUAAGGGCGUGGUGCUCGGAGUGGAGUCCGAAAUGACACAACGCCGAGACGUCACCUUCACCAGCCUAAAGUUCGCCAUUCGAACACACCUUUUCCUCCCAUACUUCUUACAGUACUGUCUCGUCCAUCUUGGAACCCCGGCUGCGCUCUCUCUAGGCCGACACUUCUCUCACUUAUCAUACUUCGCCCACGGUCUCGAAAUCUUACUCCACCACGUCCUAGACGAUGAAGUAGAUAACGAAAGCCGUGCUAGCAAGGCCGAUCGCCCGAUCGUCCGCCAAGAACCCCUCCUUCCCACCGUCAUUGCCUUCCUCCAGGCAUCCCUCCCAACACGUGAUUAUCUCGACAUCGUUGUACAAUGUACACGCAAGACAGAACUCCGAUUCUGGCGCACCCUCUUCACAUACCUCCCGCCACCAAAAGAUCUAUUCGAGCAAGCCCUCAGGCUCGACUCACUCAAAACAGCCGUUGGUUACCUGCUCGUGCUCCAAGCAUUCGAGGAUGAAGAAGAACAUGGCCACGACGGACAUAUCGAAGAAUAUGUCGUUCGCCUUAUUGGCCUGGCAUCUCAAAAGGGGGACUGGGAGCUCUGCGGCGAGCUCGCCCGGUUCUUGAUCGCACUUGAUUCCUCGGGUGAAAUGUUGCGGCGCGCAAUUGGCCGCGUCGGCUUGCGUUCAAGCCCAAGGCCAUCGCCCAAUGGUGGCCAGCCGAGCUUAGGGUCAAGAGCUGCGUCAGCGGCUAGUGUAAGGGGCCUUGGGCUAAGUCUUCCAGUUCGCACACCGUCUUGGUCAUCUCUUUCUCCCACUGCGUCGCUUUCCCCGCGCCUGAACGGGCGUGACGGAGAGGUUUCCGAUGAAUACCCGCAUUCUGUGGAUAGUCGUGACGGCUCAUGAGUUAGUCAUAUGGUCUAGUCGAGCAUGUUAUCCAGACCCAUGUCUCCUGAAGAUUACUGUAUAUAUUGUUAAUCUAGCGCACUGUUCUUUCAUUCGCUCAGCUGCUAACCAUGAUGUAAUUGACAUUCAAACUCAAGACGAUAGCCCUAACAAGAAUUAAUAUGCGCCUUGCCUGAAGCACAAAGAUAACCUCACCCUUGAGCGACACA